UACACCACACUACGCAUGGAUAUUACACUACUACUAUUACAUCUAUUAUUGAUCUGCGAUCAUUUUAAUGCUUGAUCAUCAUCAACCAGUGAAUAAUAUAAAACGCUUUAAUUGUCUUUCAACAUCAAAACAUCAAAAUCAAUCAAAAAUAAUAACCAAUGUUACUGUGAUUAAAGCAAAAGAGAAAAAUACGACGUCUUUAAGUUUGAGUACAAAUAAUAUUUGUGAUAUAGAAGCUUCUUCUACUUCUUAUAUUAUGGAUAAAUGUAAUAUGCAAAAUAUGCAUAAUCCUGGUGACGAUGCUGUUGUCUACUCUUCACUGACUGCAAUAUCCUGUGAUAAUACUUCGUCACAAUUGUUAAACAACAACAGCAACUCUAACAACAAUACGGAUAAUUCAGACUAUGGAAGCCUGUCUUUACCAUCGACGAAUUCACGAUCAUAUGCUAAACAAUUUAUUGAUUUAUUUCCAGUUCUGAUGACAAAAAAGAAGGCAUUGAAUUAUUUUCAGAAAACUUCAUCCUCGAUUACAUUGACAGAAUCUUCACGGAAUCAUUAUAAUGACUUAUGGGUUGGUUCAUUGAAUAGUAGUAAUAAUAGUAUUAAUAAUAAUAAUACUAACACUUGUGGCAGUACUGGAGUUGCUGCAGAUCAACGACAUUUACCCCAACUACGUAUUCGUGCACGUUAUCAAUCACUUGGAAUACUACCGUUGUGCAAUUAUUGGCCGCUGAGAACACUUAUAUUGAGUCAUAGUUUAUUACUUACGAAAUGGUUAGAAUCUUUAUUAUCUGUAAAAUUCAAAGAAGAGAUUGCCAAUUCUCUGGUUUGUUUACAUGAACACAAUAAUACACUGAUCGAUUUUCUAACUAAUCUUGUUGUACGAGAAGUUUCUAAUCUCGAAAAUGACUCAAUGGCGUUUCGAUCGAAUACAAUGGCAACAAAAGCUGUUGAAUGUUAUGUUAAAUUUGUUGGUUCAUCGUAUCUUCAUCAAUUACUGCAUCUUUUUAUUCAACGUGUAUUAACUUGUUUCACAUUAUGGGAAGUUGAUCCUGAUAAAUUGACAGCAACACAAUGUAUGACUGGUUCACUGACUGCAUCAGAUACUACUGCAUUUGCUCUGUCUCCUGUGAAUAUGUUAAAGUCUUUUAAACCAAUUAUACCGGGAAGUUUAAUAAGCAAUCAGAUUAUACUACUGCGAUACUUUGAUGCUGUUUGGCGUGCUAUACAAUCAAGUUUAAAUUAUUUUCCAAGGUGGUUGAAAACACAUUUCUUUUGCUUAACCUUUGAAUAUCUUCAUCAAUUACUGCAUCUUUUCAUUCAACGUGUAUUAACUUGUUUCACAUUAUGGGAAGUUGAUCCUGAAAAAUUGACAGCAACACAAUGUAUGACUGGUUCGCUGACUGCAUCAGAUACUACUGCAUUUGCUCUGUCUCCUGUCAAUAUGUUAAAGUCUUUUAAACCAAUUAUACCGGGAAGUUUAAUAAGCAAUCAGAUAAUACUGUUACGAUACUUUGAUGCUGUUUGGCGUGCUAUACAAUCAAGUUUAAAUUAUUUUCCAAGUGUACUCAUUGACUUGUUCAGUUCAUUUCGUAGAGUUUUGGAGAAAUCCCGUGGAUCAGAAUUCUGUGAUAAUUUAAUCUCUAGUUGUAUAUUUCUACGCUUAAUAUGUCCAGCACUCCUAUCACCAUCAUUAUUUGGAUUGAUUAGUGCAUUUCCUAGUGAACCAGCUUGUCAGCGUAAUCUCACGUUGUUGGCGAAAUCAUUACAGACAUUGGCUAAUUUUAGUACUUUCGAUGAUAAAGAACCAUAUAUGAGAUUUUUAAACGGUUAUGUCACCUCUCAAUUGUCUUCCAUGCGUUCAUUCAUUCGAUCAAUAUCAACUUCGUUAAAUAAUGAUCACACUAUCGAUAAGGUGAAUAUUGUUCACGGCUCUGAUACUAAUAUUGAAGCUACUACUGGUAUCAGUAAUGCUGUGUCUGACUCUCUGUCAACUACAAACGCCGAUCAAAUGAGAUCCACCCUAACUACAACCUCAACAACAACAGCGAAGGCAACAUCACAGAAUAACAUUAAAGAUACAAUUGAUGAAAGUUGUGAAUUAGCCAAUUUGCAUGUUAUACUAUCAGAUGUUAUAUUCCGUGAUACAUUGACAACUCCUUCAGUGACCAUUACCAAUAAUACUCAUACUAAUACUAAUGCUAAUACCACUGCUCCUGCUGUGAAUACUAACAAUGGACACAAUGGUAUAACAACAGAUGCACACGAGGUCAAUUCAAGUACUCAAGGAAUAGUUUCACCAAUUUUCCUUUAUCUUCAUCAAUUACUGCACCUUUUUAUUCAACGUGUAUUAACUUGUUUCACAUUAUGGGAAGUUGAUCCUGAUAAAUUGACAGCGACACAAUGUAUGACUGGUUCACUGACUGCAUCAGAUACUACUGCAUUUGCUCUAACUCCUGUCAAUAUGUUAAAGUCUUUUAAACCAAUUAUACCUGGGAGUUUAAUAAGCAAUCAGAUAAUACUACUGCGAUACUUUGAUGCUGUUUGGCGUGCUAUACAAUCAAGUUUAAAUUAUUUUCCCAGUGUCCUCAUUGAGUUGUUCAGUUCAUUUCGUACAGUUUUGGAGAAAUCCCGUGGAUCAGAAUUCUGUGAUAAUUUAAUCUCUAGUUGUAUAUUUCUACGCUUGAUAUGUCCAGCACUCCUAUCACCAUCAUUAUUUGGAUUGAUUAGUGCAUUUCCUAGUGAACCAGCUUGUCAACGUAAUCUCACGUUGUUGGCGAAAUCAUUACAGACACUGGCCAAUUUCAGUACUUUCGAUGAUAAAGAACCAUAUAUGAGAUUUUUAAACGGUUAUGUCACCUCUCAAUUGUCUUCCAUGCGUUCAUUUAUUCGAUCAAUAUCAACCUCGUUAAAUAAUGAUCACACUAUCGAUAAGGUGAAUAUUGUUCACGGCUCUGAUACUAAUAUUGAAGCUACUACUGGCAUCAGUAAUGCUGUGUCUGACUCUCUGUCAACUACAAACGCUGAUCAAACGAGAUCCACCCUAACUGCAACACUAUCAACCUCAACAACAGCAACAACAGCGAAGGCAACAUCACAGAAUAACAUUAAAGAUACAAUUGAUGAAAGCUGUGAAUUAGCCAAUUUGCAUGUUAUACUAUCAGAUGUUAUAUUCCGUGAUUCAUUGAUAACUCCUUCAGUGACCAUCACCUAUAAUACUCAUACUAAUACUAAUGCUAAUACCACUGCUCCUGAUGUGAAUACUACGAAUGGACACAAUGGUAUAACAACAGAUGCACACGAGGUCAAUUCAAGUACUCAAGGAAUAGUUUCACCAAUUUUCCUUAAACCUGUUUGCCCUACCAUUGUAACCAGUUUACCAGAAGAAUUAUGCUCACUACCAAGGAUACUGGAUGAUAUUUCACGGGCUUUACAACAGAUCACAUCCAGUGAAUGUAAACAGUAUGACAAGACAACAACAGUCAAUCAUACACACACAAUUCUGAUGAAUACUAAUGAUCAAUACAACAGUUUAUUACACCAUCGAAAAGGCGGUAGUAGUAGCAGUGUUAUGCAGUCAAAUAUUUCACCGUCUUCAUCGAGUCCUAAGCAUCAUAAGAGUAAAAAGUUUGUUAGUGACAGAGAACAACCAUCCUCAUCAUCCUUGAGUCCAGUUCAUCAUAUUCAUCAUCAUUCUCAUCAGCAUACAUCAGUUGCUGCUGGUGGGGGUAAUACACCCUACUAUACUGUGCAUUAUAAUCCAGGUUUUCAUAAUCCUGACAGCUGUUGUAAAGUUGGACUGAACAAUAAUAACGCCACCAACACCGCCACCACAACCACGAACAGCACUGGCUUACUUUUACCACAAUUAAAACAGUCAGCCUCGCUAACCGGUCUACCGUCAUCAGAUGUAUCACGCUCGAAUCCAAAUGAUUAUGAUGAACCGUAUAUGAGUCCUGAAAGUGAUUGUGAUGAUAUACAUGAAACCGGUGUCAACUCAGAUCAUGAAGUGAUCAGUAAAAAGGCACAAACAAUCAGUAGUAGUUGUAUUACAUCAAAACCUGUUUGCCCUACUAUUGUAACCAGUUUACCCGAGGAAUUAUGCUCACUACCAAGGAUACUGGAUGAUAUUUCACGGGCUUUACAACAGAUCACAUCCAAUGAAUGUAAACAGUAUGAUAAAACAACAUCAGUCAGUCAUACACAUACAAUUGUAAUGAAUACUAACAAUCAUUACAACAGUUUAUCACACCAUCAAAAAGGCGGUAGUAGUAGUAGUAUAAUGCAGUCAAAUAUUUCACCGUCUUCAUCGAGUCCUAAGCAUCAUAAGAGUAAAAAGUUUGAUCAUGACAGAGAACAACCAUCAUCAUCAUCAUCAUCUCUGAGUCCAGUUCAUCAUUCUCAUCAGUAUACAUCAGUUGCUGGUGGUGGGAAUACAUCCUACUAUACAGUGCAUUAUAAUCCAGGUUUUCAUAAUCCUGUUAGCUGUUGUAAAGUUGGACUGAACAAUAAUAACGCCACCAACACCACCACCACAACCACGAACAGCAGCACUGGCUUACUCUUACCACAAUUGAAACAGUCAGCCUCGCUAACUGGUCUACCGUCCUCAGAUGUAUCCCAGUCGAAUCCAAAUGAUUAUGAUGAACCGUAUAUGAGUCCUGAAAGUGAUUGUGAUGAUAUACAUGAAACCGGUGUCAACUCAGAUCAUGAAGUGAUCAGUAAGAAGGCACAAACAAUCAGUAGUAGUUGUAUUACAUCAACUUUUCAGUCAUACUCCUCGUCAUUAUCGAUUGCAAACAACAGUAGCCUGACAACAAACUACAACGUCAACAACAACAAGACGAAUGGCUAUUCAUCAAAAGAUAAGAAGAUCUAUGAUCAUAAAUCAAUAAGUUUGGAUAAAUUAAAUAAUUCUGAUAAUGAACAUAUUUACGAUAUGGUACCAUUAUCUUCAUCGUCGGCAUCAUCACCCUCGGCAUCACCAUCAUCACCUUCGGCAUCGCCAUCACGUGAAGCAUUACACCACAGGAAUGGAGUAAACAUGGCGAAUGAUUCAUAUAUCCAUCAACCAGAUCAAGUAUGUAAUUGUAACAAUGAUUCAACCCUGACAUCAAUGAACCAUGUAACAUUGAACAUUGAAAAAGAUAAUGAUUCAAUGAUUCAAACAAAAACUGGCGGCGACGCGGUAAAUUCAAAUAUUAUUAUUGAACAAACGCCUACUUCACUAUCGUCAUCAUCAUUAACCGCCUUGUCGAAUAAAAUAACAACAUCCAAUGAAAAUGUACAAUAUAACCAUCAUCAUCAUCAUCAUCAUCACGGUGAUGAACCUGAUGUUGUUGUUGAUGACGAAAUCAAUAAAUUCAAUCAACGAAAUGUCUGCAAAAGUAUUUCGCCUAAAUUAUUUCUUAAAAAACAAGUGACAACAGCCAACGUGAUCUUAACAAAACCUAAUGUUAUGUCGUCUUCAUCAAUUGAUACAACGAAAAUAUCAAAAUUGACGGCGACAACAACAACACAUUUUCGAUCGAAUAGCAGUAGUCGUGAAAAUAUGUUCGACAGUAAUAAUAAUAUCAAUGGUGAUCACUUUUCAUUUGGUGCGUCGAAUACUGUCCAGGUGAAUCUUACGCCUCAUUCUCCAACUCAUAAAGUCUAUAAUACUAAUCCUAAUAAUAAUAUUAAUAAUACUGAUAAUCCUGUUGAUAAUUUCAUCUGUCGUCGUCAACAUACCCAUCGGAAAAAUGCUUCCUCUGAAGAAUUGUACAGUUAUACACAUUCAGAGAAUAGUAAUUAUGAUAUGCAUGACACUGCUGCUGUUGUUGUUGAUGAUGAUGUUGAUGUUGAUGAAGAAGAAGAGAAUUCCACCACAUCGACCACAGUGAUGAAUUCAAUGAAGAAACCUAACAGAAAACAACCGUCAGAAUUAGCUGUCGAAAUAGCCCUAUUACGCUAUGAACUACUCCUUUCUCGUCAAGAUGCCUUACGUGCUGCUGAUCGAUUAAGUAAACAAGAGACGGAGAUUUAUCAGUUGCGUCAAUUGUUAGAACAAUUACGUAAUAAUAAUAACAAUAAUAAUGAUAGUAAGAAGAGAAAUCAACAAUCAAUUGAGUUGAAAUUGCAGAAUUCAGAUAACAAUUAUGACACACUGUUGAACACUACUCACGUCAAUGAUGAAAUGAUGAUGACAAUGGGUUGCAGUCAACAUCAAGGCAGUGAUCCUCAACUCUCCAGUGUUAAGCUACAAAAUAACACCCGUGUUGGUGAUGGCGUUAAUAAUAGUUGUUUACAGAAUCCGUCAAAUACUCAUUCAAAAGUUUUACAAAGUGUAACAGCUACAUUUAAAGAGUUGGAUGAUGCAAUGGCAAGAUUAGAACUAGAGCAAAGUGAACUACUCCGUGAACAGGCUAGAAUACGUGCUCGAAUCGCUGCAACACAUCGACAUCAACAUCAACAACAACAACCAAUCACGUCAUGUACACAAUCCACCAUCAAUCCUACUGUCUCAUCUAAGAGUAAAUCUCUUAUACGUCCAAAAUAUUUUCAAUCUUCUAUCCCGAAAAUUUUAAUCGAUUCUGAGAAGAGUCGUGAACUACCUAGUCCUGGGCAUAUGAAUUAUGUCAAUUCACCUCGGACUAAUAUUAGUAAUAAUAAUUAUAUUCAAAAGACUAGUAUAUGUAGUGAAUUAAAAAGCGCGCCAAAAAAAUAA